GGAAAUAACCAGUGUCUGACAUUGCAACAGUUUAAUACGAUUACCUCCCUUUGACGGCCGCUUCUUAAGCCCAAACCAAGAACAUGAGUCCUGGAUAAAUUUGAAGUUGCAUCGAAGACAGGCUGUAAUGAAUGGUACAGGGUAUGCAACUACAGCUGGUAGUGGGUGAAGACGAAUGGCGGCCAAGAAAGAUGAACCAGUCGAUUUAAACGUCAAAGAACCAAAAGAUGGCGGCUACUGCAAGUUGGCGUAUAGAGUGGAGAACCUCAAACGGGCCUCUCACGUUGACUGGAGGUUGGAGAAGAGGGAUGAAGACUACUAUGCAGUUUUUGAGGCGACUGUGAAUGAGCAAGGCUAUUACAGAGAGUCGAAACCCAUGACGCAAGAAGUAUAUGACGUCAUCAAGGAGGACAAAGAUGAAAGGAAAGUCGAGAAGGACCGUUAUAAAGUGAAGCUUUUGAAGAAGAAAAAUAUUGAACUGAAAAGUUACUUUUACUGAAACAAUUUGUUUUUUGUUUUUUUAAAUAUUCAGCAGAAAAGUUAAUUUUGCUGAAAGAUUUCCUAUACAGAUUUUUAUAAUAUUGAAUUCAAAGUUUAAAAUUAUUUGGAGUACUUGACUUCGUAGUUUUAUACAUGUAACAUACGCCUGGAAAGUAAUUUAAGCUUGGCUUACACUUCGCAAGUCAUUGUGAACAUUUUGUGGAUACAAAACACAGAGAUGAAUAUGCAUGAAAAUGUAUGGUAACUGUGGGGUUGGAAUCACACUGAUCUGAUGUGAUGUAUUCACGCUAUGUCGGUAAAUACCAAGUAGAUACAGUAUGUAAAAAAAAAAAAAAAUUAAAGUCCGUCGGUUCGGAUAACUACUCCAAAGUGCAUUUUUUUUUAAAUUUUUUAAUUUCUAUGUGUAUAUUUUAGACGCAAAACCAUGGUGUUUAAUACAUAAGGGUACAAAGUUUUCUCAUUCUGAUAUUAACAGAAAACAAAUUCUCGUAAAAAGAGCAGCACAUCGUAAAUUGAUCAGUCUGAAAAAAUACAGAAGACAAAUGGUCAAAGUCCAAAACAUAUUUGACUUCAGACAUAUCGGGGGUGGGAUUUAACUCAGUCUGUUGAACGUUUGACUGUGACCUCGCUUGGAGAAAAGAAUUAUCAAGUUUGUACAUACAGAAAACAAAAUAAAAGUGUUUUCGUAAAUUGUU